UCCAGCUGGUCAUCCCCACAGCUGGACCCUAGCCAGAUCAGAUUGAUACUGUACCAAGACUGUGAGCGACGGGGGAGAAAUGUCCUCUUCGACUCCAGUGCCAAAAAGAGGAGCGCGGAGGAUGCCCCUGCUUCGGUGAGUGACACUGGGGUGAGGGAUAAGUGUGACUGACUGACGGGGGUGUUUUAUGGGGAUGUACACCACAGUGUGGGGGAAAUAGGAAAUGCUGUCUAGAGCUACUCCUGUGGCUAUAUUAAAGAGGGCUUGACUGGUUUGAACUGGAGCUCAGAUCUCCAAUAAUAAUGGCAUCAGCUGACACCCGCCACUGAUGUGUAAGCAUACUUCCAGACUCACAUGACCACAGUCUCUGUGACUGACUCCCUCUCGCAAGUCUUCAGCCCUUUUGUAAUUGUGCUGUCAUGGGUUACUUGCUGCAAUCUACUGUGGUGUUGACAAAUAGAAUGUGUGCAUUUACUUUAACCUGUUCUAAAUCCUUGUUGUACAUGUUAGGAUUAGAAAGCAAUUAGUUGAAUGGAUAAGGGCAAUCAUUAGCUAUGCCUGUCUAUUCAACAAGUGUGUCCUAUGUUUGUCAUUGCCAAGCAAUGCAUUUCUGCAGCAUGGUUAACGUGAAGUCUGACCCCUAGCACAUCAUGCUUUAUUUGCCUGAUAUUGUUUCGAGAGAGAGAGAGAGAGAGAGAGAGAGAGAGAGAGAAGAGAGAGAGAGAGAGAGAGAGAGAGAGAGAGAGAGAGAGAGAGGAGAAGGAGGAGAGAGAGAGAGAGCGAGAGAGGCAGAGAGAUGAGAUAUAGCAGAGAGAGAAGAGAUCGAGAGAAUAGCGAAUGAGAGCAAGAGAUCUGCUAUAGAGAGGAGAGCUCCUCUCUUUCCGCUCUAUCGAUCGACUUAGAAACGCUCGAGAGAGCAUCUCUUAGGGGAGAGCAAGUCGGCUCCGAAGGCUUCUUAGGAGAGAAGCUAGAGAGAGAAGGGGAGAAAUCUAGAGAUCUAGCUUAGAGAAGCAAGCUAAUGGUUGAAGGCAAAGCUAUAAAGGGGGGCAAGUAAGAGAUAAGCUAGAGAUCUAGAAGAUAAGCAAUGGUGGAGGGGAGCAUGAGUAUGCAAGCUAGAGAGAGGGGUAGCAGAGCUAGAGGGAGAGCAAUGAGAGGGAGGUAGUUCCAGCUCGCAAGUUCCUGAGGAAGUCCUAUGACAGCCAUUCACAUGUUCCAGGCCUUUUUGUUCUCUAUCGGGGCAGGCCAGACAUUUGUUUGAUGCGAGCCAUUACCAUAGCAAAGCAAGGCACGCAGUCCACAAAAGCAUUCCAGUGCAAUAUAGGGUGCCAUUCUCUGGCACAUCACAUGGGGGAAAGCAGAUUGGAGUUUAGUUUGUAUGGAUUUGUGACUAACGGAUAGAACAUUGUAUGCUCUGACAUCAAUCAUCUCAUAUCAAGAGGUAAAGAAAGCCUGUGUAAAUACUGUAUGUUGGUUGUGUUUGCUUAGAAAUACGAGACAGAGGCCUGAUUUGUUAUUAUUGUAUUUUUAUUACUUCACUAACAUAUUUAGUUUCUUCCAAACUAGUGCACUCAAUACACUGUAUUUAAGUGAUGUAGGCCUAUAACAUAAAGCAUUAACAGAACAACGUUUUAGUUGCUAUACGGUCAUAUUAUUUGCGGAUAUAUUGUACUGUUACACACACUAGGAAUGCAACAGUAUAUGUAAGAAUACUGUGUGCCCUAAAUACAUAUAGUACACUGUGCAAAAUAUAUGCAGCAUUAGUGUUUAAAGAUCAGAAAACAGCUCAAAUCCUAGGACAGAGACUAUAUGCCUAUUCUUUAUGUGAUAGGCGUGACUAAACACUCGUUACCUGGUGACUCACCCUGAAUUUAAUUCCGCUGCUCUAUCGAUCACUACAUACAUUGUCUGAAACUGCCAUCCUAGAAGUCGUUUGUGACUUCAAAAUGAGGAGCAUUGUUUACAGAAAUUAAUCAGCGAUUGGAGUCUCUAAUGAAUCAGAGUAUCAAAGUUGUUAACGCCAUCAUGUAGGCCGGCGCUGGCCCAACCCAUCGGUUUCUGGGACAAAUCAGAAUGGUCAGAAUGUUUUCGCAUUCUAGAACUCGUCAAGGAGGGAGGCAAAUCCAGACUCAUCGUGGAGAAGAAACGUCACUUUUGCCGGAGCAAUGUAAAAGGGUAGCCAGUCAAAAACACUUGCACCAACAUCCCAAAUAGUGAAACUAGAGAAACUCCUAUGCUAGGACCAGGGCCAUAUUCUACAUAUGUGAAUGUGUUAUUUGUGUGGUCUUCCCCACAGCAGAAGAUGUGCAGUAGCGAGGCCCAGGUAAAGAUGUAUGGGAAGUGCUGCCAGCUGAGGCCUACAGCGGGCAGCUCCAACUCUCUGGACAGCUCCUGCGCCUCCGAGCCCCGGGAACCCAGGGAACAAGGGCUGCGCUUCCAGGUGAGAACGUAGUGUGUGAUAGAGGGUGCACUUGGACCAAAGCCUGUUUUAGAAUGGGAAGUUUCAUUGAUAGAUGAGCUCUCUUGUACAUCUCUAUGAGUGAGAACAGUCCCUAUAUCAUGAUCAAACGACCCUCAAAACCUAUUAUGUCAGUCCCGUUCCACCUUCUUCACCCUCUCUCUUCACCUGCUCUCUGUUCUCCACCUCCUUUCCCUCUCUCCCCCUCUCCCCCUCCUCUCCUGUGUCUCAGGGGUUGCGGUGUUCAUCUGACGCCAACAUGUUGGGGGAGAUGAUGUUUGGCUCGGUGGCCAUGAGCUACAAGGGCUCCACACUCAAGAUCCACCAGAUACGGUGAGAUCCAGGGAACAAGGCAAGAGGGGGAGGGAAGUCAGUUACAGUUAGUAUGUCAGGAUUUCCGUUAGCCGGUAAUAGCCGUUUUUUGGCAAAAAAUUAUAAUAUGAAAAGCCGAUUUAAAUAAAAUUGACGCCGGCCAAUUGUAAAAAAUAAAAAUAAAAUCCCAUUGCGAAAUAAUGCAUUUUAGCCUGUUCAUUGAUUGAAAUACUGGUCGAUGUAGCGCGAGAGCUGCUGCUACAGCUCAUCAAACAGCUGUUUGUUGCUGCUGGAGUGAAACGUGUGCUUUUCAUAAGCCCAAUCAUUGCACAACAGUUCUAAAUGUAAUCACGUGUUAAAAACAAUGGCCACAAUUAAAAAUGGCUACUAAAUGUAUUUGUAUUUUUCAACUGGUAAUUGAAGUGUGCUUCCCAUUCAAGUGCAUAGGCAGCUAGGCAGGCUUCAGUGUGUCAUACACAACUUUGCAAUGAGCUGGAGGCAGUAUGCAUUUUGAAAACGUAUACUUAAUUGUUUGAAACCUGAACGUUUCACUACAUAUUAUGUCUUACCUUGCUUCAAAGUAGCCUAGCCAAAAUCCAACCAAACGUACAGGAAAUUAUUUUAUGCCAUUGAAACCAGUAGCCCAUUUCUCUCCCGUUCUAUUGGUUUUGUAAUCAACUUUUUUUUAAAUUGUCCAGUAGCCAAAGGCACAAUUCUAGUCAUAUGAUCAACCCAUGCUAGUUGUUGCAUCUUUAAAUCUCCCCUCUUUCUAAAUUUUGAAUGGAUAUUUUCAUCGGUUUCAUGAAACCGCUCGCAUGUGCGGUGUGCUUUUGACAAAGGUUUUCCCGCUAAUUGCAUUAUGGAACGAACAUUCAGAAUGUGAAGCUAAACGUUCUGAUCUGUUGCAUGAGCCUCAUUGCUUUCUAACGGUUUUUGGAUGUAGCCGAGGCCUGCUGGUUGUAUGAAUUUGGGAUCUAUCGUCCCACAACUGUCCCAGAGUGUUUGGAAUAUACUUUUUAUUUCUCGCACAGAACGACAAGCCGACCAAUAGAAUAGGUAAACUUUUCUACUAUAGUGGAAUGUAGAUUGACAUAGGCUAGUGAUUUUGCUGUUCAUUGUUGGCUGAGGAAAAUGCUGUUGCAUCCUCGAGUUGCAUGUUCUUUUAAGAUUAAAUGCUAAAUGUGAUUUCUGUCAUCCUGAGCACUGUGGGUGGAUGCCCUAAUCAGGUUAUGCACCCAAUGCAAAUUGGCCCGGGAAAUUUCUUUAAUGUCCAGUAAAAUGUAAAUGCUGCGGGUCAAAUGUCCAGCGCCACAUUUUCCUAACGGAAACCCUGCAGUCUGUCCCACACAGCACUUUGAAGCAGAGAUCAGAGAAAUGUAUACAUCAGUUGUCCUGAUGUGAUGUCAUUAUUACACUUAAAUACAUAACACACGUCAGGAGCACCAAGUCAUCGUGACUUUGUUUUCUCCCCAUUUCUCCCUCCCUUGUCUGUCCACAGGUCACCCCCUCAGCUGAUGCUGAGUAAAGUGUUUACAGCCCGAACAGGGAGCAGUGUCUAUGGCAGCCUUAACACGUAAGCCCUACUACCACACUCUGCCCUCACCCCUCCUUCGCUUUCUCUCUCUCCUUUCUAAACCUGCUCUCUCUCCUUUCUAAACCUGCUCUCUCUCCUUUCUAAACCUGCUCUCUCUCCUUUCUAAACCUGCUCUCUCCUUUCUAAACCUGCGCUCUCGCUCUCUCUCCUUUCUAAACCUGCGCUCUCGCUCUCUCUCCUUUCUAAACCUGCUCUCUCGUUUCUAAACCUGCUCUCUCGUGCUCUCUCUUUUCUAAACCUGCUCUCUCGCGCUCUCUCCUUUCUAAACCUGCUCUCUCUCCUUUCUAAACGUGCUCUCUCUUUUCUAAACCUGCUCUCUCUUUUCUAAACCUGCUCUCUCGCGCUCUCUCCUUUCUAAACCUGCUCUCUCCUUUCUAAACCUGCUCUCUCAUGCUCUCUCCUUUCUAAACCUGCUCUCUCUCCUUUCUAAACCUGCUCUCUCCUUUCUAAACCUGCGCUCUCGCUCUCUCUCCUUUCUAAACCUGCUCUCUCGCUCUCUCUCCUUUCUAAACCUGCUCUCUCUCCUUUCUAAACCUGCUCUCUCUCCUUUCUAAACCUGCUCUCUCUCUAACUUUCUUCUCCUCUUUCUAUUCUUGAUAUCAAUCUCUCCUGAUACCCUUUGAACCUGUGCUGUUGUCUUUGUGCUCCUGGCAGACUGCAAGACAGCCUGGAGUUCAUGGGUCAGGACCCCAAUGCUUUGAGGCCGGAUCAGAACACUGUGACCAACGGCCUCCUGGGGAACAUAGGUAACCACAACAACAACUACAGACAGGACCACAGCACUACAGUACAACUGACUGGCACAUAACGGACACGAAUGGAUGUAUAUUGUACAUAUCAGCACCUAUGCCAUUUCAGUUAUUUUGGUAGUACUGAAGCACCGUUUUGUUUAACUUGUUUAAUUUAUCGUUUUAUUCAUGUAUAUACUGUAUGUUAUCUGUGUUGCAAAUCCUUGUCAGACACUGACUAUCUUUUGUAAGUUUGUUACGUGUGAAUUGACUUGAAUUGAAUCCAGGUUUAUUCUCCAGGCACAUUUUUUUUGUGUUCUUUUCCCUCUUUAACGUCCAUUUCAGGACAACCUGAAGCAGUUUGGGACCACAAUGAAAAAGAUCUGAUGUGAAAAGAUCUGAUGUGAUUGCUCAAAAGACCAAUUAGUGGAAGAAAUAUCAGAAUUGGGCUGCCUGUCCCAAACUGCCUCAGGUUGUCCCCUCUCUCCGUCGGGUUGGGGUGUGUACGUUAUAUUUGACCUCCUGCUUCACUACUAACCGUGGUUCAUGUCCUGUUUUGUUUUGCUUGUCUCUUCUCCCCAUCCGUUUGUGCUGCGCAGGUUUCUCUCAGCUCUGCAGCCCGCGCCGGGCCUUCUCUGAGCAGGGCCCUCUCCGCCUCAUCAAGAGUGCCUCUUUCUUUUCAGGUUUGCAGUGUGCUCGUGUGCAGUUGCAUGCUCGUGUACAUACAUUGCAUGUGUCUGCAAGUGUACUACGGGCAUGCUCAAUAUCUGCUUUAGAGUGCUUGCUGCUGGUUGUUGUACUCCCUACUGUCCUCACUGCCUCCUUCCAUCACUCCUUCCCACACAUCUUCCAUCACUCCUUCCCACACACCUUCCCUCACUCCUUCCCAUCCUCCUUCCAUCACUCCUUCCCACCCUCCGUACCAUAAUCUAUCCAUCCCCCCAUCUCUCCUCCCUCCCUCCCUACCAUAACCUGGUGACAGGGGUGGUGAUUUCUGUAAAUAGCUUCCAUGCAGCCCUCUGUAAGACACAGCUCUGUGGCACGGCAUGUAGCUCUUCAGUUAUGCAAUAGUGGAAUGCUCAUUGGGUCGCAGGCCAGGGUGGGCGGGGCACAGACACUUUGCAGCAAAGCUAGUGUUGAUUUGACCGUAAAUCAUAUCAACAGGACAACACCAAACGGUGCCUUUGCAACACAUGCAAAUGAAGGGUUUGCGGUUUCUGCACUCGUAAACUAUAGCGUGAACAUUCAUUUAGUAAUUUUGCCUAUUGUGUGUUAACGAGAUGUUAAGUACAUCUGAGAACAUACAAGCGUACAUGUUGUUUGUUGUGUAUUGCCGAUGCUGCACCUUCUUCAACAGAGUGGCGUUAGAGUGAACAACACACCACUGUACCAUAGUAGAGGGCCAGCACCUGCUUAUGGUUUUGCCUGUAGGAAGUGUCUUGCACUGUGGUGGUAUGUCAUUUGUGGACUUGAUCAUUGUGAAAUGAAUGUUCGGUGGUGGUGAAGGUGGCCCCAUGCUUUGAGAGUGGUGGUGGGAAAAGCACUCGCACCCCUCCCUGCUUGGGCUCCUCAGUAUUGCUGAGCUGAGUCGUUCCUGAUCUGUUUCUCAGUCUUUCCCCUCCUGUCUCUCUCCUGCAGGCCACAGCAACCCCAUGGACAUGCCGUGCAGAAGCCUGUACGACGAGAGAGACAGCGGUAUCGCCAGAUCAGGUAAUGACUCUUAACUAAAUCCAGGAUUGGCCUCUCUAGACACCCUCCACUCAUACUAAGCCUUCUUUGUGUCUCUGAGAUGAUGCAACUAGGUGAGCAGGUUUUUAGCACUAGAUUCACCUCAGUGUGUUCUCUCUCGCUGAACCAUCUCUUAACAAGAGGGAUGCAACUAAUCGGUUUAGAUGAAACCCUAUUCUACUGGGUCACGGCUGCAGACCAGUCAGCUCCACACAGCAUUCCUUCUCUUCAAGGUCAAACUGGAGUGAGAGUGACACCAGGACAGUGGUCCAUAGGGCUCUGGUCAAAAGUAGAUCACUAUGUAGGGCGUUAGGGUGCCAUUUGGGACACCAGCUUAUCCCUCCUCUGUAAUGAUGGCACAGCGGAGACGUUUACGGACACACCUUUCCAUCGACCCCGCUGCCAGAGUUUAGCCCUCCUCCGUCCUCUAUAGGGGUGUGGAGGAGAGAGAGGUGCUGGAAAACCUUGUGCAGUGGAAACUGACCCCCAGCCCUUGCAUCGCCGGCAUGAGGGGAAUCUCACUUUCUGUUGAACACCCGCGUCACAUGCAUAUGCUUAAAUAUAGCAGCUCCCAAAACCCGGUACUAGUAAAUUAAGUUCUAAUUUGGUCCCCUCUCGUCUCCCACACAGACACACACACACACACACACUCUCCUUCAACUCCUCCUAUACCCAUACGCCUCCCCUAGUCAUCAAUCACCCACACAUUUGGCGUCCCUUCAUUGAGCUAUGCCUACACGACGACAACGUGAGCAGCAUACACCCUCCACAUACAGUUGAAGUCUGAAGUUUACAUACACCUUAGCCAAAUACAUUUAACCUCAGUUUUUCACAAUUCCUGACAUUUAAUCCUAGUGAAUAUUCCCUGUCUUAGGUCAGUUAGGAUCACCACUUAAUAUUAAGAAUGUGAAAUGUCAGAAUAAUAGUUGAGAGAAUUAUUUAUUUCAGCUUUUAUUUAUUUUAUCACAUUCCCAGUGGGUCAGAAGUGUACAUACACUCAAUUAGUAUUUGGUAGCAUUGCUUUAAAUUGUUUAACUUGGGUCAAACGUUUCGGGUAGCCUUCCACAAGCUUCCCACAAUAAGUUGGGUGAAUUUUGGCCCAUUCCUCCUGACAGAGCUGGUGUAACUGAGUCAGGUUUGUAGGCCUCCUUGCUCGAACACGCCUUUUCAGUUCUGCCCACACAUUUUCUAUAGUAUUGAGGUCAGGGCUUUGUGAUGGCCACACCAAUACCUUGACUUUGUUGUCCUUAAGCCAUUUUGCCACAACUUUGGAAGUAUGCUUGGGGUCAUUGUCCAUUUGGAAGACCCAUUUGCGACCAAGCUUUAACUUCCUGACUGAUGUCUUGAGAUGUUGCUUCAAUAUAUCCACAUCAUUUUUCUUCCUCAUGAUGCCAUCUAUUUUGUGAAGUGCACCAGUCCCUCCUGCAGCAAAGUUAAUAAAAUAAAAUCAAAUUUUAUUGGCCACGUGCCGAAUACAACAGGUGUAGACAUUACAGUGAAAUGCUUACUUACAGCCCUUAACCAACAAUGCAUUAAUUUUUUUAUUUAAAAAAGUAAAAUAAAACAACAACAAAAAAGUGUUGAGGAAAAAAAGAGCAGAAGUAAAAUUAAAUAACAGUAGGGAGGCUAUAUAUACAGGGGGGUACCGGUGCAGAGUCAAUGUGCGGGGGCAGCGGCUAGUUGAGGUAAUAUGUACAUGUGGGUAGAGUUAAAGUGACUAUCCAUAAAUAAUUAACAGAGUAGCAGCAGCGUAAAAAGAUGGGGUGGGGGGGCAGUGCAAAUAGUUUGGGUAGCCAUGAUUAGCUGUUCAGGAGUCUUAUGGCUUUGGGGUAGAAGCUGUUGAGAAGUCUUUUGGACCUAGACUUAGCACUCCGGUACCGCUUGCCGUGCGGUAGCAGAGAGAACAGUCUAUGACUAGGGUGGCUGGAGUCUUUGACAAUUUUGAGGGCCUUCCUCUGACACCGCCUGGUAUAGAGGUCCUGGAUGGCAGGAAGCUUGGCCCCAGUGAUGUACUGGGCCGUAAGCACUACCCUCUGUAGUGCCUUGCGGUCGGAGGCCGAGCAGUUGCCAUACCAGGCGGUGAUGCAACCAGUCAGGAUGCUCUCGAUGGUGCAGCUGUAGAAUUUCUUGAGGAUCUGAGGACCCAUGCCAAAUCUUUUCUGUCUCCUGAGGGGGAAUAGGCUUUGUCGUGCCCUCUUCACGACUGUCUUGGUGUGUUUGGACCAUGAUAGUUUGUUGGUGAUGUGGACACCAAGGAACUUUAAGCUCUCAACCUGUUCCACUACAGCCCCGUCGAUGAGAAUGGGUGCGUGGUCAGUCCUCUUUUUAUUUGUGUAGUCCACAAUCAUCCCCUUUGUCUUGGUCACGUUGAGGGAGAGGUUGUUGUCCUGGCACCACACGUCCAGGUCUCUGACCUCCUCCCUAUAGGCUGUCUCAUCUUUGUCGGUGAUCAGGCCUACCACUGUUGUGUCGUCGGCAAACUUAAUGAUGGUGUUGGAAUCGUGCCUGGCCAUGCAGUCAUGGGUGAACAGGGAGUACAGGAGGGGACUGAGCACGCACCCCUGAGGGGCCCCCGUGUUGAGGAUCAGUGUGGCAGAUGUGUUGUUACCUACCCUUACCACCUGGGGGCGGCCCGUCAGGAAGUCCAGGAUCCAGUUGCAGAGGGAGGUGUUUAGUCCCAGGAUCCUUAGCUUAGUGAUGAGCUUUUAGGGCACUAUGGUGUUUAAUCCUGAGCUGUAGUCAAUGAAAAGCAUUCUCACGUAGGUGUUCCUCUUGUUCAGGUGGGAAAGGGCAGUGUGGAGUGCAAUAGAGAUUGCAUCAGUCUGUGGAUCAUCUGUGGAUCUUUUGGGGCGGUAUGCAAAUUGGAGUGGGUCUAGGGUUUCUGGGAUAAUGGUGUUGAUGUGAGCAACAGCAUGAUGCUGCUACCCCCGUGCUUCACGGUUGGGAUGGUGUUCUUCUUCGGCUUGCAAGCGACCCCCUUUUUCCUACAAACAUAACGAUGGUCAUUAUGGCCAAACAGUUAUAUUUUUGUUUCAUCAGACCAAAGGACAUUUCUCCAAAAAGUACGAUCUUUGUCCCCAUGUGCCGUUGCAAACCGUAGUCUGGCUUUUUUAUGGCGGUUUUGGAGCAGUGGCUUCUUCCUUGCUGAGCGGCCUUUCAGGUUAUAUCGAUAUAGGACUCGUUUUACUGUGGAUAUUGAUACUUUUGUACCUGUUUCCUCCAGCAUCUUCACAAGGUCCUUUGCUGUUGUUCUAGGAUUGAUUUGCACUUUUCGCAUUAAAGUACGUUCAUCUCUAGGAGACAGAACGCGUCUCCUUCCUGAGCGGUAUGACGGCUGCGUGGUCCCAUGGUGUUUAUACUUGCGUACUAUUGUUUGUACAGAUGAACGUGGUACCUUCAGGCGUUUGGAAAUUGCUCCCAAGGAUGAACCAGACUUGUGGAGGCCUACCAUUUUUUUUUUUGAGGUCUUGGCUGAUUUCUUUUGAUUUUCCCAUGAUGUCAAGCAAAGAGGCACGGAGUUUGAAGGUAGGCCUUGAAAUACAUCCACAGGUACACCUUAAUUGACUGAAAUGAUGUCAAUUAGCCUAUCAGAAGCUUCUAAAGCCAUGAAAUCAUUUUCUGGAAUUUUCCAAGCUGUUUAAAGGCACAGUCAAGUUAGUGUAUGUAAACUUCUGACCCACUGGAAUUGUGAUACAGUGAAUUAUAAGUGAAAUAAUCUGUCUAUAAACAAUUGUUGGAAAAAUUACUUGUGUCAUGCACAAAGUAGAUGUCCUAACCGACUUGCCAAAACUAUAGUUUGUUAACAAAAAAAUGUAUGGAGUGGUUGAAAAACAAGUUUUAAUGACUCCAAGUGUAUGUAAACUUCCGACUUCAACUGUACCUGGUAUUGGGCCAGCUUUUCUUGUAAUAUCGUGACUGUGAGGUGAUUAUAGAAUGUCCCAGCCAUGCUCUAAUAAUCAGGGUGGGCUGUGGGAAGCUGAACUAAUGCAGUGUGGACGUGUUCUAUGUGAUUUUCCCCUGUUCUGUUGUGUAUGAGUAACCUCACUGACUGAAUCACCCUCCCCCCUCUUCUGUUCUCUCCUUCUGUUGUCUCCUCUCUCUCAUUCCUCAACUCCUCUUUUUUUGCUCUCUACACUUCUAUGGCUUCUACACUUCUCUCUCUGUGCUCCCAUCUUCCCCUCUUACAUACUUCUCACUCGUUCCAUCUCUGCCUCUCCCUCCCUCCCUACACAGCGUCUCUGAGCAGUCUGUUGAUUACUCCGUUCCCCUCCCCGGGCUCCUCCCUCACCAGCAGUCAGGCCAGUAGCUACCAGAGACGCUGGCUCCGCAGCCAGACCACCAGUCUGGAGAACGGGGUCUUCCCAAGAUGGUGAGAGACAGCAGUUCAACACAAAUACACACACACACACAAUUAUACAGACACACACUCUCCUUCUGGUGUCCCCCCUGUUAGGGCCUCUCGUACACCCAUGGGGGCGUAUACAAAUAACUGGACAGUAGGGUGAUGAUACUGUGUGGGCCCAAUGACUCACUCUGAGUUCUAACUACACAUAUUAGCUACACUGUCACUGGCAUUGGCUUUGAAUAGUAAAUGACCAGUAGACUGUUACAAAUGACAUUUAUGUAUUGGCCUACAAUCAGUUCCCAGAAGUCAUAGGUGAGCUGUAGAGCUCCAUGAAUUUGUGUAUGUGUGUCUUUUUAGAUGCAGAGAAACAUUUACAUUUACAUUUGAGUAAUUUAGCAGACACUCUUAUUCUUAUCCAGAACAACUUACAGUUAGUGAGUGCAUACAUUUCAAACAUGUAGCCUCCUGUAGCUCAGUUGGUAGAGCAUGGCGCUUGUAACGCCAGGGUUGUGGGUUCGAUUCCCACGGGGGGCCAGCAUGAAAAAUUUAUGCACUAACUGUAAGUCGCUUUUGAUAAGAGCGUCUGCUAAAUGACUAAAAUGUUGACUGAUCACACUGCAAAGACGUGAUACAGAUCAGCACCUCAGUCCUGGCUAUAUCGACACCAUCGUAGCCAUCUAGAAGAUCCAUGGCUAGUUGUUGUUACCUAUUGUCCAUGGUUUUCCCCCAGCCACAGGUUGAGAGUUUAUGCCAUCAUACUUACUUUUAUUUUCACCUUUGACUGUAGCCUGUUAAGAAUCCUGCUGUCCACUUCUCCAUAGUACUUCUCUAUGUGUCCACCUUGCUCCAGGUCUGUGGAAGAGAGCUUCAACAUGUCGGACGAGAGCGGAGGUCCCAGCCUGGGCGUGGCAAGGAAGAAGAAGAUUGCCAUCGGCGUCAUCUUCCUCCUCUCCCAGGACGAAGAGGAGAACAUCAAGUUCCAAGACUUCUUCUUCUCCCACUUCCCCCUCUUCGAGAGCCACAUGAACAAACUAAAAAGUGCCAUCGAACAGGUGAGGAGGUCCUCACAUACAGUGGGGAGAACAAGUAUUUGAUACACUGCCGAUUUUGCAGGUUUUCCUACUUACAAAGCAUGUAGAGGUCUGUAAUUUUUAUCAUAGGUACACUUCAACUGUGAGAGACGUAAUCUAAAACAAAAAUCCAGAAAAUCACAUUGUAUGAUUUUUAAGUAAUUAAUUUGCAUUUUAUUGCAUGACAUAAGUAUUUGAUCACCUACCAACCAGUAAGAAUUCCGGCUCUCACAGACCUGUUAGUUUUUCUUUAAGAAGCCCUCCUGUUCUCCACUCAUUACAUGUAUUAACUGCACCUGUUUGAACUCGUUACCUGUAUAAAAGACACCUGUCCACACACUCAAUCAAACAGACUCCAACCUCUCCACAAUGGCCAAGACCAGAGAGCUGUGUAAGGACAUCAGGGAUAAAAUUGUAGACCUGCACAAGGCUGGGAGGGCUACAGGACAAUCGGCAAGCAGCUUGGUGAGAAGGCAACAACUGUUGGCGCAAUUAUUAGAAAAUGGAAGAAGUUCAAGAUGACGGUCAAUCACCCUCGGUCUGGGGCUCCAUGCAAGAUCUCACCUCGUGGGGCAUCAAUGAUCAUGAGGAAGGUGAGGGAUAAGCCCAGAACUACACGGCAGGACCUGGUCAAUGACCUGAAGAGAGCUGGAACCACAGUCUUAAAGAAAACCAUUAGUAACACACUACGCCGUCAUGGAUUAAAAUCCUGCAGCGCACGCAAGGUCCCCCUGCUCAAGCCAGCGCAUGUCCAGGCCCGUCUGAAGUUUGCCAAUAACCAUCUGGAUGAUCCAGAGGAGGAAUGGGAGAAGGUCAUGUGGUCUGAUGAAACAAAAAUAGAGCUUUUUGCUCUAAACUCCACUCGCUGUGUUUGGAGGAAGAAGAAGGAUGAGUACAACCCCAAGAACACCAUCCCAACCGUGUAGCAUGGAGGUGGAAACAUCAUUCUUUGGGGAUGCUUUUCUGCAAAGGGGACAGGACGACUGCACCGUAGUUGUCUAUUCCAUUUGCACAACAGCAUGUGAAAUGUAUUGUCAAUCAGUGUUGCUUCCUAAGUGGACAGUUUGAUUUCACAGAAGUGUGAUUGACUUGGAGUUACAUUGUGUUGUUUAAGUGUUCCCUUUAUUUUUUUGAGCAGUGUACUACAUUUAAUCAGACUUGCUCAAGGCUUUAAACAUAUAAAAUGUACAGUGCAUUGAAAGUAUUCAGACCCCUUCCCUUUUUCCACAUUUUCUUAUGUUACAGCCUUAUUCUAAAAUGGAUUACAUAAAAAAUGUUCCUCAUCAAUAUACACACUAUACCCCAUAAUGACAAAGUGAAAACAGGUUUGUAGACAUUUUUGGAAAUGUAAAAAAAAGAAAAGAAAAAAAGAUGCCUAAUUUACAUAAGUAUUCACACCCUUUGUUAUGAGACUCCAAAUUUAGCUCAGGUGCAUCCUGUUUCCAUUGAUCAUCGUUGAGAUGUUUCUACAACUUUAUUGGAGUCUACCUGUGGUAAAUUCAAUUGAUUGGACAUGAUUUGGAAAGGCACACAUCUGUCUAUAUAAGGUCCCACAGUUGAUAUUGCAUGUCAGAGCAAAAACCAAGCCAUGAGGUCGAAGUAAUUAUCCGUAGAGCUCCGAGACAGGAUUGUGUCGAGGCACAGAUCUGGGUGAGGGUACCAAAAAACCUCUGCGGUAUUGAAGUUCCCGAAGAACAGAGUGGCCUCCAUCAUUCUUAAAUGGAAGAAGUUUGGAAACACCAAGUCUCUUCCAAGAACUGGCCGCCCGGCCAAACUGAGCAAUCGGGGGAGAAGGGCCUUGGUCAGGGAGGUGACCAAGAACCCGAUGGUCACUCUGACAGAGCUCCAGAGUUCCUCUGGGGAGAUGGGAGAACCUUCCAGAAUGACAAUCAUCUUUGCAGCACUCCACCAAUCAGGCCUUUAUGGUAGAGUGGCCAGGCGUAAGCCACUCCUCAGUAAAAGGCACAUGACAGCCAGCUUGGAGUUUGCCAAAAGGCACCUAAAGGACUCUCAGACCAUGAGAAACAAGAUUCUCUGGUCUGAUGAAACCAAGAUUGAACUCUUUGGCCUGAAUGCCAAGCAUCAGGUCUGGAGGAAACCUGGCACCAUCCCUACGGAGAAGCAUGGUAGUGGCAGCCUCAUGCUGUGGGGAUGUUUUUCAGCAGCAGGGACUGGGAGACUGGUCAGGAUCGAGGGAAAGAUGAACGGAGCAAAGUAUAGAGAGAUCCUUGAUGAAAACCUGCUCUGAGCGCUCAGGACCUCAGACUGGGGCGAAGGUUCACCUUCCAACAGGACAACCACCCUAAGCACACAGCCAAGACAACGCAGGAGUGGCAUCGGGACAAGUCUCUGAAUGUCCUUGAGUGGCCCAGCCAGAGCCCGGACUCGAACCCGAUCUAACAUCUCUGGAGAGACCUGAAAAUAGCUGUGCAGCUUAGCGUAACAAAGUGGAAAAAGUCACUUGGGUUGCUGUACUUUCCGAAUGUACUUACCGAAUGCACUGUAUGUUGGCCUAAAAUAGAAUCCAUUGAUUUCUGUGUUAGAUCUGUCAGUACCAUGUUUACUUGAGGCUGUAUGUAUUUAUUGUUCUCUGUUCUUGUGAAUUAGUGUAGCCUGCCACUCUUCUCCCCACUCUUUCCCUCCCUCUUUAAUUACAUGGCAUGCCUCUGUUCUCAUUUAAAAGGCCAUGAAAAUGAGCCGGCGAUCAGCUGACGCCAGUCAGAGGGCUCUGGCCUACAGCCGCAUGGUGGAUGGCCUCAAUGAAUUCAGGUGAGUUACUGUUACUUUCAUUUGUUUACUGAGACCAAGGCAAACCACACUGAGAAUGUAGCAGAGGCAAAUCCCUUAGCUUGUUACCUAGGAGCCCAGGGAGGGAGUGGGUUUGAGAGGUAUGGUUUGUUGCAAUAGGGACUCUGUAUAUUUUAUCCGUGUUAGAGUGUAGUAGAUCAUUAAUCCACACCUUAGUUUAAUAGUUAGUGUGACGUAGAUAUCGUCUAACCUUCCUAACUGGGUAGUGUCCACACAGAGUUUUUUCUCAGGCCCAGCCAAAAUAAGCACAUGAAUAAUCUGCACUGUAAGCAGAGAGGGAGCACGCAGUCCCUACCUGUCCUGUCCACACUCGCACACGGUGAUGAAGUGCCGGCUACACCCAUGCUGCUCCCAGUGCAUGCUGGGAACCCCACUGCUGCAGAGCCACUGAUGCGGUGGGAGGGAAAGGAGAGACGUGUGGGGCGGUUUGUGUCUCUGCACCACUGGCCAAUGGCCACAUGCUCAGACUCUUUCUCCUAGCUGAAGGCUUCCCAUUGCUGCAGUCAUAUGCCUGCUGGCGCGGUGCCACAGCAACCCGAGCCCCAGCUGAGGAAACACUAUCUUCCUCAAACAGUGUCCAGGCUACCAGAAUAAUGAAUUAUAUGGCAGUGCCAUCAGCAGGACGAUCAAUUUCACUGGGGAAAAACAAAUAUUUCAAAAAAUCUCACCUUCAACGUGUAAAUAUACAUCCCCUGAUGUAUAUUUGUGUUUAACCGUUAGGCCUCUUAGGUCAUGGAACAUGAUGGCGCAUAAAAUGAAGAAAUGCCAUUUGAUGUUGACAGUUUUUCCCCCAGAGUAGGAUAGAAAACAGCACUUGAAUCAGACUAUUCUUUUAGGGGUACUAUGGUGCAUAUGCCUUUGUUUCUUAAUGUGUCGUUUUUUAAAAAUCAUGUGUUGGUCAUUGUUGCGUGUCCUGUCAUUGUAAGUCAUUAAUGAUGCAUGCUGUGAUAAAACAAUUUCCCAAGUUGGUAUUAAUAAAGUAAUACUCUACUCUACAUGACCCAGUCUGGCCUAACAAACACCAAUAGCCACGGGAGGCACUGCACACGCACACACAUGCUGAUUGGAUAUCUGCCAGGGUUGGGAUAUGAAGAACACGAGUGCUUUCGGGUACCACAGAGCGGUGUUCAGUUGUUAAUUUAACGGAAAUGGUAAUGUACUGAACGACCAGUUGAAGAAUUCUGGUGUUCCAGAGGGAGUUUUGCAAUUUUCUAAAUGGUCACACCCAUAUUGAUCAGGCCACACCCACCAAACGGGAGCAGACUUACCUCAAAGGCUGUUUUGGGGUAACGUGUCGUUUAGUACAAACAGUCAGGCAAUGUAGCAAACGUUGAAUCGAACUGAACGCACCCCUGCUCAAGAGUCUCUUUGUUUCUUGACUGACUUGAUAUGCUUUUGCCUGCACAAUCGGUAUUGAGGUCAGAGGGAAUGAAUUAAGUCUAAACUUAGAUGCGGUCGGUUUUAUAAAUGUCCACUGGACGUACCUUCACGUCCAUCGCUACCUUAAAGUUCAGACUGUAAGGCAAGACCCUGAGCUGGCUUCCCCACGUCACGACCCAUGCCAUGCCAGUGGCUUUUAAUAGGUUACUACAUAUCAGAUACUGAGAAGUGUUGCUGGGAUCAAAUUUAUCAAAAUGUUCUGGAGUUACGUGUUGGUUGAAUUAUAACAGGAUUCUAGUUAGGCCAUUUCUGCAUAUUUCCUAGCAAUGUGUCAAAAUGUGCCAAGUCAGUUAAAAACAGCAUAGCCCAAAAUGUUAUGUAAACAACGCUACAGUUUUAACAGGAGGUGCCUUUUCAGCCUGUCGGUCAGGCAACUUGAGCCCUGGUUUCAAGUGGGGUUAUUGGUGUUUAUCUUUCAUUUCUGUGAAUUCUUGUCAGGGAAAGACCAUGUACCAAUCAUCAAUCUCCUUACUACCUGUCUUCUCCUGUCUAUAACCUGUAGCUCUUGUUCGAUAGUUACACUACUUGUUUUCCUCAGUCAUCAGCAAACAUCUGGGCUCUAAAACUAUAAUUCCGCCCCAUAUAAUUCCACACAUUCCUCCAUCCUCAGAGAUUCCCUCAGCUCUGUGUAAAGCUCUGGAUGGCUGCCCGCUGUGGAAUUUCCAGACGCUGAAUUGCCUCAGAGAGGGUGUCCCUUGUAAGCAGGGCCUGGACUGAGAACUGAGGCCCUCUUGUUCACCCCGAGACAAUGAUGGCUUGUGUUUCUCCCUCCCUCUCGCCAGGACGACCAUCGUCAACCUUUACACCAUGCCCCGUGUGGCCGAGCCCGUUUGGCUCACCAUGAUGUCUGGAGCCCCCGAGAAGAACCAGCUCUGUGGACAGUUCAUGAGGGAGCUCGCCCUGCUCAUGGAGCAGGCCUCAAAGAACCAGUUGAGUGCUCCUGUCUGUCUCUGUAUGCCUGUCUGUGUGUGUGUGUGCGAUACUUUGUUUUGUGUGUUACUGCAUUCAAUAGUGAAUGAGCUGAAAAGUCAGAAAUCCCUGCCAAUCUUUAGCUUGUUACUGUCGAUGUUACAAAACCAAGCUGAAUCAUUUGUCGAUGUAUCAAUUGGUAGCAAGACAUCCAUAGAACUUCUCCGAUGUUCCACUCACUGCAUUAGUAUGCAGUAGUCUACGAAGGUCUGCCUCGUGAUUUAGACUGACCAUUGACCACUGUGACGUAGCUCUGAAUGAUCAGAGAAGAGGGAAGUAGCAGAACACGAGGCAACGGUGGUGGUGGAGAUUAAGAAAAAUGAGAGUGAAAGCGGUAGACAUUAGAGUCUGUGUCCCAAAUGGCACCCGAUUUCCCCUGGUCAAAAGUAGUGCACUACAUAGGGAAUAGGGUGCCAUUUGGGACAUACCAAGUCUUUGGAGAGAAGGUGCCUGACCCGACCGCUCUCUCUUCUUCUCCCAGGUUCCUCCCUGCCCUCCUCACAGCCAUCCUCACCAACCACCUGGCCUGGGUGCCCACUGUCAUGCCCAACGGACAGCCGCCCAUCAAGAUGUUCCUGGAGAAACACUCGUCUCAGAGCGUAGAUAGGCUGGCCAAGAGCCACCCGUACAACCCACUGUGGGCCCAGCUCGGUAAGAACAGACUACAGGCCAGGACUCUGGUUGAAAACCUCUUCAGUCUUAUGUGUUUCUGAUAGAUAGAACAGAAUGAGGGAGUCCACGCACAUGUGGGAUGGAGAUUAAUCUUGCCAGAGGCUUGUACUUUUCAGACCAAGCUAGUAGGAAAUGUGCCAAACUAGCUCCACAGGCCUGUGAAAUUGUGUAUUUUCAAAUAACCCAAGGCAAAGAUUUUUUACCCAAAUGUUACCCAGGCUAUUAGAAAUCGCAGUCAACUAGCCAGUGCUCAAAAUCCUUAAAUUACAUUCCAACGUGUUUGUUAUUAUAGCUUUUUCAAGCUGUCUGAUGGUAAAAAACUCUAUCACUCAGUUCAUGGUAAAUAAUAUCUCUGUAUAGUCAACUAUUAAAAUAUGCUCCUAUCCUUAGCAAUAACUAGCUGUAAAUACCAGAUAGUGGGCUUCAUUUGAGUACAGGCAACAGUUUGGAACGUUGGUGUACAACUCCACCUAGUGGUUGAACAGGAUACAUGCUGUUGGAGAUUUCCUUCACUCUCCCAAAUGUUAAAUGGAAAAAAUAAGCUAUACAUAUUUGACCACAUUUUCAUAUUCUAAAUGUGGCUUUACAUAUGCAACAAAGUGAAAAUAAGAAAUGUGUAGUUAACUGUGGUGUCUUGUGCCUUUAGGUGACUUGUAUGGGGCCAUCGGCUCCCCGGUGCGUCUGUCCAGGACGGUGGUGGUGGGUCGGAGACGGGAGCUAGUCCAGAGACUCCUCUAUGUGCUCACCUACUUCAUCCGCUGCUCGGAGCUGCUGGAGACCCACAUGCUGGACAGCGCUGAGGACGAGGCCAUCGUCAUUCCAGGCUCUCUCAUCACCACCUCGCUGCAGCGUGGGGAGGUGGAGGAGUCAGACUAUGUGCUGGUCACCGUGCACAAGCCCAGCGGAAACUACCUGAGCCAGGGUUCCGAGCCCCGAGAGGACAGCAGCUACCGCUCAGACAGCAACAACAGCCUACAGAGCAGCACCUACACAGACACAGACCCUGAGGAGGGAGACAGUAGUAACAACAGCCAGGGCUCCAAGAGAAGUGGCCUGCAGGCCCAGGCCCACUCCAGCCACAACACCAACACUAACGCUGUGCCCAUCAUCCACACGGAGGAUGUUAGUGAGCCCACGCCGCUCAAGGAGUCACCAACCGCCUGUGUGGAGGCCAAGCUGGAAACAGUGGUGCGUGUGGGCUCGGCCUUCCCCAGGGAGCAGGCCUGUGUGCUGCUGGAGACGAAGCCUGAGGCCGAGCUAGAGGUCAAGGCCAGCGAGGAGGAGAUGGGGAGUCUGCCCAUCAAGGUGUUCCGCUCUUCAGGGAUACCACUGGAGAAGAAGCCCCCUGACAAGACCAUACCUGUACCUGUACCCGGCCCCUUUCUGUCAAACCACCAGGAGGAGCCUGCCACCAAAGUGCUGUUUCUCAUCGGCGACCCCCAGUCUCCAGGGUCAGACACAGAGAGCAGGAGGAGGAAGCUGGAGGAGGACAUUAAGAAGCACAAGAAAUGCAUCAAGGAGAAACAGCGGCAGCAACUGCUACAACAACAACAACCGUUACAACAACAGCAACUGCUACAACAACAACAACCGUUACAACAACAACAACAGCAACUGCUACAACAACAACAACAGCAACUGCUACAACAACAACAACUGUUACAACAACAACAACAGCAACUGCUACAACAACAACAACCGCUAAAACAACAACAUCAACCUCUACAACAACCGCUACUACAACAACCGCUAAAACAACAACAAGAACAGCAGCAGCAGAGUGGGUGCGGCGAAGGCGGCGAUCAUAUGGUGAAGUCUACUACCAGCACAUCACCGGACCAAACCAAGACCAACGUGGACGGAAAGAAGACUCUGAUGCGUGUCUCCAGUAAGAUGCCCCAGUGGAACCCUGUCAGCGAGGAGGAGUGCUUGGAGCUGUUCGACAAGUACUUCAGUGAUGACAACCCUGUAGAGACCAGGACUAUAGACGAUGUGGUGAAAUGCCUGGACUUGUCAAGCGGCACAGACAAAACCCAGAAAGAGCUGCUGGACCCUUCGGGAGUCCAGAGUAGCAGUUGCUGUAAGGAGCAGGGGGAUCAGGGACAGAAGGGGACAGGGCAGGUGGGUGUGGGUGGGGGGGAGGCUGACGUCCAGACCAGGUGUAGGGGGGAGGCUGACGUCCAGACCAGGUGUAGGGGGGAGGCUGACGUCCAGACCAGGUGUAGGGGGGAGGCUGACGUCCAGACCAGGUGUAGGGGGGAGGCUGACGUCCAGACCAGGUGUAGGGGGGAGGCUGACGUCCAGACCAGGUGUAGGGGGGAGGCUGACGUCCAGACCAGGUGUAGGGGGGAGGCUGACGUCCAGACCAGGUGUGGGAGGGAGGCUGACGUCCAGACCAGGUGUAGGGGGGAGGCUGACGUCCAGACCAGGUGUAGGGGGGAGGCUGACGUCCAGACCAGGUGUAGGUGUGGCUCCACAGACACAUCGAAAUCACGCUCCUGUAGAAGUUGUUCUGCUGAGCAGGACAUGGGCAUCCUGAUUUCAGUAACCGUCCCGGAAGGGGACCACAAAGGGGGCCAACAAAAGAAGGGAGCCCCGCUUAAUGACUGUGAGAUCCCCCGGAACGAGAGUUCAGACAGUGCGCUGGGGGACAGCGAGAGCGAAGACGCAGGGCAGGAUAUCCACAGGCAGAGUGAUGGCCGCACCUACUACAGAGAGGAUCAGGAGCCAGACGAGUGGCAGGAGGAGGUGGAGAUCCCCUUCCCUGGGUGAGAUACACACAGUGCUAUUGAUGUCAACAUUAAAAACGUGUUUGCCUUCAUAUUAUGUUUUCAAGACACAUAUCAACUUCUAUGGGAGUUACAUUUCUGGGUUAGAAUAUGUUCUGAUGUUGUCUAUCUAUGCCAUGUUUUAAAUCAACAGGUCAAAGUUGGUGGAGCAUUUCUCCAAACCGAGCAUUGCCAACUUUGGGAGGUCACUGUUCGGAGGGUACUGCACAACCUAUGUGCCAGACUUUGUUCUGCAGGGGAUGCCCAACGAUGACAAACUAAGGCAGGGCCUCAUGUCAGAAUUAGCCCACGCUGUACAGGUAAGAGACUGCUUUAUACCUGAAGCACUGAAGCUUGUGUUAACUGGAUUAUGAGUCUUCAUGAGAGCCUAACUAACUAAUUCCUUUUUAUGCUUGCUUGAGGAACAUAAGGCAUCAACAGGAGAGCACCACUGUAUCUGGUCUGCAUCUGUCGGAGCCAAAAGUUGUCUUAUUCUUUUCGCAGCAUCCAGUGUUGGAUGAGCCCAUUGCAGAGGCGGUCUGCAUUAUCGCAGACACUGAUAAGUGGACGGUGCAGGUAGCCAGCAGCCAGAGACGAGCCACGGACAACAACAAACUGGGGAAGGAGGUCCUGGUGUCCAGCCUCGUGUCCAGCCUGCUCCAGUCCACCCACCUGCUUUACAAGAUUAACCUCUCCCCCAACUUUGUAAGUUCAUACAAAUGCCAAAUAACUAUGCAGUUAUUAGCAUUGUAAAAAAAAUCUAUUCAGUAACAAAAGGUUAAUCAUUAACACAAGGGUAAUCAGUAAUAAAGUUGUAAUUAGAUUGACAUCCCUCUCCUCAGUGCAUAAUGCACCUUGAGGACAGACUCCAGGAGAUCUACUUCAAGAGUAAAAUGCUGGCAGAGUACCUGAAGGGACAGACUAGAGUGCACGUCAAGGAGCUGGGGAUGGUCCUGGGGUGAGCACCUAAACCGUCUUUAUACAGUGGCUCUGCAUCCAAAAUGACACCUAUUCCCUAUAUAGUGCACUAUUUUUGACUAGAGCCCUAUGGGAAUAGUGUACCAUUUAUUCUAAAAUAUAAGUAUUGUAAUCCAUGUUGUCUUUCUGUUCUUAAAGGCCCAAUGCAGCUGUUUUUAUCUCAAUAUCAAAUCAUUUCUGGGUAACAAUUAAGUACCUACAGUGGGGGAAAAAAGUAUUUAGUCAGCCACCAAUUGUGCAAGUUCUCCCACUUAAAAAGAUGAGAGAGGCCUGUCAUUUUCAUCAUAGGUACACGUCAACUAUGACAGACAAAUUGAGAAAAAAAAAUCCAGAAAAUCACAUUGUAGGAUUUUUAAUGAAUUUAUUUGCAAAUUAUGGUGGAAAAUAAGUAUUUGGUCACCUACAAACAAGCAAGAUUUCUGGCUCUCACAGACCUGUAACUUCUUCUUUAAGAGGCUCCUCUGUCCUCCACUCGUUACCUGUAUUAAUGGCACCUGUUUGAACUUGUUAUCAGUAUAAAAGACACCUGUCCACAACCUCAAACAGUCACACUCCAAACUCCACUAUGGUCAAGACCAAAGAGCUGUCAAAGGACACCAGAAACAAAAUUGUAGACCUGCACCAGGCUGGGAAGACUGAAUCUGCAAUAGGUAAGCAGCUUGGUUUGAAGAAAUCAACUGUGGGAGCAAUUAUUAGGAAAUGGAAGACAUACAAGACCACUGAUAAUCUCCCUCGAUCUGGGGCUCCACGCAAGAUCUCACCCCGUGGGGUCAAAAUGAUCACAAGAACGGUGAGCAAAAAUCCCAGAACCACACGGGGGGACCUAGUGAAUGACCUGCAGAGAGCUGGGACCAAAGUAACAAAGCCUACCAUCAGUAACACACUACUCCGCCAGGGACUCAAAUCCUGCAUUGCCAGACGUGUCCCCCUGCUUAAGCCAGUACAUGUCCAGGCCCGUCUGAAGGUUGCUAGAGUGCAUUUGGAUGAUCCAGAAGAGGAUUGGGAGAAUGUCAUAUGGUCAGAUGAAACCAAAAUAUAACUUUUUGGUAAAAACUCAACUCAUCGUGUUUGGAGGACAAAGAAUGCUGAGUUGCAUCCAAAGAACACCAUACCUACUGUGAAGCAUUGGGGUGGAAACUUCAUGCUUUGGGGCUGUUUUUCUGCAAAGGGACCAGGACGACUGAUCCGUGUAAAGGAAAGAAUGAAUGGGGCCAUGUAUCGUGAGAUUUUGAGUGAAAACCUCCUUCCAUCAGCAAGGGCAUUGAAGAUGAAACGUGGCUGGGUCUUUCAGCAUGACAAUGAUCCCAAACACACCGCCCGGGCAACGAAGGAGUGGCUUCGUAAGAAGCAUUUCAAGGUCCUGGAGUGGCCUAGCCAGUCUCCAGAUCUCAACCCCAUAGAAAAUCUUUGGAGGGAGUUGAAAGUCCGUGUUGCCCAGCGACAGCCCCAAAACAUCACUGCUCUAGAGGAGAUCUGCAUGGAGGAAUGGGCCAAAAUACCAGCAACAGUGUGUGAAAACCUUGUGAAGACUUACAGAAAACGUUUGACCUGUGUCAUUGCCAACAAGGGGUAUAUAACAAAGUAUUGAGAAACUUUUGUUAUUGACCAAAUACUUAUUUUCCACCAUAAUUUGCAAAUAAAUUCAUAAAGAAUCCUACAAUGUGAUUUUCUGGAAUUUCUUUUCUCAUUUUGUCCGUCAUAGUUGACAUGUACCUAUGAUGAAAAUUACAGGCCUCUCUCCUCUUUUUAAGUGGGAGAACUUGCACAAUUGGUGGCUGAUUAAAUACUUUUUUUCCCCACUGUAACUGUGAUUGUUUUCAUUUAAAAUGGUCAAAAGUAGCUUCUUAGCUAGAGCAAUUUCUCAAGAAUUUUGCUAGGACAGAGUUGUUAUUGGCAGGGAGGUUUGGAACUCUUUCUUGUUGGUCUAUUAACUUAUUUACCGCCUGGUGAUGUCACCAGGCAGGCCAAAACUCCAUACAACCAAAACAUGCUGAAAUUUCAGGCAGUCUUUUCAAACAGCUUUUACACUAAAAGGGCAUUAUCAUAAUGUUCACAAUUUGACAGUAUUAUUCCAACCUCAUGCGCAACUCAAUAUUAGGAAGGUGUCAUUAAUGUUUUUUACACUCAGUGCAUAUAAAACACAAGGAAAUCAAGUGUUUGACUGCACUGGGCCUUUAAAAUACUGCACUGUGUUAUUCACAUCUUAAUAACAAUCAUAGUAACUGAGUUAGGAGAAUAUACCCUUGGCUUGUUGUUCUGUUGCUCAACUAUGUACAAUAUUCUAAGCAUGGCUCUUGUCAUUUCAGUAUUGAGUCCAGUGACCUUCCCCUGCUGGCAGCAGUGGCAAGCACUCACUCUCCCUAUGUGGCCCAAAUACUGCUAUAAUAGAUGGAACCAAAGCCAGAGAUGGAGUGUGACUGUGGACUGGAGGAGCAGGAUACUGUGCUCCACCCUGACCCGACAUGUCGGCUUGACCCUGUCCACUGACGUCCUGCUGAUGCUCUGA